AUGAGAGCAGUCUUUAUAGUUUUGACACUUUUUUCAUGUGUUUUGGGAAUCACUGGGGUUCUCCUCAACUUUCUCGUUUGCCUUGUCUACUUCACAAACACCAAGCUCCUAGAUGCUCCCAAUCUCUUCAUCCUAAACAUCACCCUCGGCGACCUACUGUACUCAUUGGUCGCCCUUCCAAUGUUGGCGGCAUCUAACGCCAGAGGCGAGUGGCUGUUUGGAGACGCAGGUUGCACCGCGUAUGGUUUCAUCACCACGUUUUUCGCUCUUGGUUCCAUGAUGCACCUUGUCGGAGCCGCAUACGAACGUUACACCACAAUUUGCAAGCUUUUCGACGAUGGCGAAGCUCAGUUUAGUCGAAAAAAGGCUUUGCUUCUUUCCGGGUUUUUCUGGUGCUACUCGUUCAUCUGGAGCGUUCUUCCCAUCCUUGGAUGGUCGAGCUAUGUUCGGGAAGGAGUUGGAACCAGCUGCUCUAUUGAUUGGGAGUCAGGAGGGGUGGAAAAUGUUUCCUACGCCGCAUGCUUGACUCUCUUUUGCUAUGCGCUUCCAGUUGCUGUCAUCGUCUUCUGUUUCUACAAGUCAUACAGAACGGUUCAAAAGUUGAGCGAGCAAGCAAGGGGACACUGGGGAGAGAACUCCACUGUAACUCAAGAAACAAUCGCAGCCGAGAGCAAAAUGGCCCGUAUAGCUGUUGUCAUGACAACUGGUUUUAUAUUCGCUUGGACGCCGUACGCCGUCACCUCAACUGUAGCAAUGUACAAUCCAGAUCUGAUCAGUGAUAUCGGCGCGGCCAUUCCAGCGUACAUCGCCAAAUCAUCGGCAUGCUACAAUCCAUUCAUUUAUGUUUUUAUGUAUAGGAAGCUUCGGAAAGCCAUGAAGAAACUGCUUUUCUGUGGGAGGACACGAGUUCACCCGAUUAAUGUGCAAACAGGCACUGGCACAUCAGCUCAAACUCGUAAUAACACAACAAAAGGCUAA